AUGGUAGCAAAAAUGUCCUGUUACGAAGGAGGUUUUCGUCUAAAUGACGCAGCAUCUGAGUGUUCAAUGAAGAGUAAAGCAAGGAUUGACUCAUUAUUUGAGGAUACCAAAUCAGUCUGCAGCUCUACUUAUGGAGAUUAUUAUAGUACUGUAUGUAGGCAAUCAACUACGGGUGAUGUUACUUUAGAUGAACAAAACAGAGCUAAUAAUGCAGUUCAAGCAAGAAUCGAAGCUAUGUUUGCAUCUGUGGAAGCAGAAGCUGGUAGUAAGGGUGAAUGCGCAGCUGCUAUAUUACCUGUGAAAUACAUGGGAGCUGCACCAGUUGGUGGUCGGAUAGCAAGUGUACGUGGUCUUCAAGAACCUCUACGUCAAUUACUUGAAUGUAUGAACAGUCCUGUGUCAGCUGAGUUAGAGAUUUCUCGUCGUGGUUUGACGUUUCGAACAUCAGAAUUAAUAGAGAAAACCAAUCCUUUUCGACGAAUAGCAGUAUGGAGUGCAUUAAAAUUACGUUGUAGAGUUUCAACGUCAGAAAAUGCUUCUGAUGAAUUUCACCAUGCUUUCAUACCUUUAAUUGGUGAAGAGCAGACGCCUAGGAGUGAUGAAAAACAUGCGGACUUGUAUAGGACAAUGCGAGGUCUUUCUACAGAUGUUAGUUGUUAUCCACCAGUUUUUGCAGUGGUUAUGAGACGGCCUGGAGCAGCGAGAGUUCUUGAGUGUCAUGCGUUUGCGUGUAAAACUGAAGAGGAUGCUAUAGCAGCUGCAGCUACACUCUAUCGAGCUCUAUUAGCUGAUUUAGAAUCCAACCGCAGACGUCCAAGGCAAAGUAAUGGUUUGGGAUGUGUCAGUCUUGCUUCUGUUGCUUCGAGUGUUGUUGAUUAUACUUCCGUCAUCAGUAAGAAUACUUACAACAAUCUUCCACCAAAGUCAGUUUUACCUCAUCCAAUUAGACCACCUCGAGUUAAGAAAAACUCUACGUCUGGCUCUACAACUGAUGGUGGAUCGUCUAGAUCAGUAAAUGUUAAAGUACCGAGGAAAAAAAGAAUAUCUGAAAUCAUGCCUGAAGACGUCGUUGAAGCGAGGAAAAGGCAAAAUCAAUUAAAAGAAUCAAAAACAAUUCUAAAGGAAAUUACCGAUAAUUCAACAAUUCCAGUUACUCAAGAAAGAAAUAAAGAAAGUAAAGAAAAAAAUUCUAUUAACAAAAAUGAAGAUAUCAAUAAUUAUCGAAACAAACUACAUUCUGUUAAUGAAACAAAAGAUGGAGAAAAGAUUAAUGAUGAAAAUAAAUUAUCAAAAAAAAAUAACUUGUAUGAAUUAGAAAAAAAUUAUUCUUUUAUUGAAAAGAAUGGAAUUAUUAUUGGUGAAGUAGUUAAUGCUCCGGAGGUUCAGUUAUAUGAAGAGAAUCAAGACUUUCAUAGUAUUAAUGAAAAUUGUCGAAGAAAUGGAAAUUAUGCCAGUCAACUUGGAGCACUUUAUAGAUCAAAUCAAGAUAUAUCUUUACUUCAUAAAGUUGAAGAUAAUUCAAAGUAUUGUAAAAUUCCUGCUCGUGAUAGGAGGCCUAGAAAUAAUCGAAAUAAAAAUAAAUCAUAUGAAGAUCAUUUUAGAGAUGCAAAUAAAAUUUAUAGUCUUGAUCAAGAUGAUACUGAAAAUUAUGAAAAAACAAGAAAUUUUCUAGCUGAUAAUGUAUCGUCAAAUCGUGGUAAUAGUUCCUGUACAGCUAAUAGAAGAAAUAGUAUAAAUAGAAAUAUGAGACAUCGUGAAAAUUGUUGUGCAUCCCAAAGAGUUUCUAGAAUAGAUGAAUUUUCAAGAAGACAACAAAAUUCUUCUGGUAUUAAUAUUACAGCAGAUCAUGGUUGUCAAAAGAUUAGAAAAAGGGAUCGUGCUGGAAGUGAACCUCCAUUGAGUAGAACGGAAAACGCAACAAGAACGAGUCAGGAUAUUAAACUGAAACGUUCUUUAAGUGAUCUAGAAGUAGAACGCGGUGAUUUGAUGACAAGAGUGGAGUUACCUAGACGAGGAAGCUUUCUCAAACCAGGCAGUACUAGAUUGCCUAAUAAUAUUCAUGGUGGAACACCGUUAGGAUUUACAGAGUUAUUUGAUGAAUUUAGAAACCAAGAAGGCCUAACUAGUGUUGACGAUAUUCUUGAUGUUAUUAUCGAUCCCGAAGGCAUGUCAUUCAAUGAAUUAAAACCUCUAUAUAAGGAAUUUUUACUGAAACUUGCUUCAACAUUAACACAAGAUGAAUUGUAUCAACGUUCAGCAAAUAUUAUGAAAAGAAGGAGAUGUCCUCAGCGAAUGAGAUCAACGAGAAAAGCUAAUCUACUUGGACGGGCUAUUAAAAGAUCAGUGUCAAAAUUAAAAUCUGGACCAACUGAAUUUACGUCGGUAAUUUUUCCAGCUAAAAAAUUUAAUGAAAGCUUAGAUAGCAGUUCAUCGUGUGAUAUGCGAAAUAGUCGCAACAGAGUUUUAGCUAGCAGGUUAAGCAGAAGAAAAUCAUCUUGGAAAAGACCUAAAGGAUUAGCUACAUCUGAAGAUAGCGAUACAUGCAAACGGUUAACUAGAAAUGCUGGAGCAAACAGAAGUAGUAGUGGUUACGUGAGUUGCAGUGAAUGUAGUUAUGAUUCUGAAUCUUGUACUUGUACUUCUGCCGAUAAAUGUUACUGUUCUUUACCACGGAAAACAUUGGAACAGCUGACUAGUAACAAUAUUAUUGUAUGUAACUGCGAUACAGAUAGUUGUUCUGAAAGCAAUAAAUGCUAUUGUUCACGACGUCCCACGUCCCAACCAACAAUUUUAGAGCAAUUGCGUCAAAGAGGAAUUAUUCCAUCUGAAGGCAGUCUUAGUACAGAAGGUAGUCCUGAUAGAAUACGAGGAUCAAGAAAUAGCAAAAGUCAUUCAUCUUCACAGAGCUUAGAAUUUUAUAAGAUGCGCCCAUCUCCAGCAAGAAGUAGUUCAGAUAAUUUAGCAUUGGAUUAUGAUUUAUUUAAUCCAGGAAAAAAAUCACAACAUUCGAAAAAUGAAAAAAUAUUAGUAGUAAGUGCAAGAGAUCCUCAUGGUCGUUUAGUUUACGUUGGUGGAGCCGAAAGGAAUAAAAAAUCUAAUUAUAUUGGAGCAGCUAGACCUACAGCUCAUCAUGAAGCUCUCUCAAUUAAGAAAAGUGCUGAAAUUGCAGCUGUAUUUGGAUCAGAGUCAGCAAGAAGCUGCAAAAGGACCAGUAGUAUUUCAAGCAUGAGAAGUUCAGUCAGUUUAGAAGCUGGCUUAGGAUAUUUACCAUAGAGAAUAACUUGCUUUAUUAGAUUAGAAAUAAUCAGUUAUAUAAUGUUCAUAAUAUUUAAGACUGUUAUAGAAUCUUUUACAUGGUUAAAGUGUUGCCAUGUCAAUCAUGCCUUUUUUCAGCAUUAUACGAUAGGCUGUUAGUACUUUAGGUAAGAAUUAACUUUAGAGAACGUAAACUACUUUUCAGUAUAUCUACUUUCUUUCAAUCAAAUUUUUCA